CGCCGCCGCUCUCCGAGGUGCAGGGGGGAAAAGCAGCAGCAGCAGCAAGCAAGCGAGCGAGCAAGCAAGGCAGCAGGCAGCGCCAAGGCCGGCGGCCGCCCGAUCCCGAGGCAGCCCUUCCGGCGAGCCCAGGGCACGAGCCCCCCGGCCCAGCUGCAACACGGCGGCGGAUGGCAGCGCGCCCCAGGCGCAUCGCGUCACCCGCAUGGAUUACCUGGGCCGCAGCUUCGCUUUUCGCGACGUUUACUUGCGUCCUGGCCGAAGAAGAGUGCCUGAACUCUCGCAUCCUGUGCUACGACUGCAACUCGGAACAGGAGCCCCGCUGCCGAGACCCGUUCAACCACAGCGAGGAGAGCCUGCCCACGCUGAGGGAGUGCCAGGGAUGCUGCGUCAAGAUCGUCAAGAGGCACGGAAAGCUCGACCAGGAGGUGCGGCGGACGUGCACCGAGCGGCUGCAGAUCAACAUGUUUCUAGUGGACCACGUGUGCAUGUACGAAUCCGGCGGCGGCGGCCACAUGUGUUUCUGUGAGAGUGACGCCUGCAACUCGGCCCCGACGCCCACCAACAGGGCGGCAUCCUCACUCGUGCUGCUGCUGCUGCUGCUGUUGCUGGCGGCCGUGCAGAGGCUGAUGACGUCUGCCGCACCGCCGCCCUUCGUCUCACCUUCCACGUCGACCGCGGAGGUCCCUGCGAGGCUGAGGACUUCCUAGGCCUCGCUGUGUCGACUGGUCCUCGCUGCACGAGGUGAUAACCGGCCACAACCACCACCACCACCACCGCCGUACCAGCGCGGAGUCGAGUAUGAGAGAGAGAGUGAGAGUGACAGAGGUGGCUUGCACCGUCCACUAUUGUUGUAGACGCCUGGGACAGCCUCGCGCCAGUGUGUACGCACAUGUUUAGGCAUGCGCUGACUUGAGGGCUGGCACGGUGAAACUUCGGGCCCCGGUCUGCAGGUUCAGCGCGGCCUUGGUGUGUGUCACCUGAGCACCAGCCUGGCCACGUGGCUACGGCCACGUGCGCAGGCGCGACGGCAGCAACUUCAAGCCGACUACGUCCAGUCAGAUAUGCGUUGCGACAAGUACCAGAUGUCGUUCUAACUUAUCCAAUGCGAGGUGUUUUCGCCGAGAGCCUUGGAGCGGCGAGGUAGCUGAUCAAACUCGGAGCGUUGUAAUCUUUCUCCUGUUCUUACUUUUCGCUCGGAAAUGUCUGAACCAGAUGAGAUUUGCUGAUUGAUACUUUGCUACUUUGAAGAGCGUAACAGUGUUUCCCACAUCGAGGGCUCAUUGAGACGUGCACGCGAAAUUCUAAAAAAAAAAAAAGUUUCCUGUCCUUCGUCGUCGCGAACUGCGGGGAAAUGAUUAGCGAUUUUUCGCACUGAAAAAAAAAAGAAAUAAAA